UUUAUUUAUGGUUUAGCAAGCCUGCGUCAAGCGUUGUUCUGCCACUCUCGGCACGGACUUUAAACGCAACAUGGCUUUGGUGUCAGCCGAUUCUAGGAUUGCUGAACUCCUAGGAGAAUUGCACCAGCUUAUCAAACAGACCCAGGAGGAACGAUCAAGAAGUGAACAUAAUCUUGUGAAUAUCCAGAAAACACAUGAACGGAUGCAGACGGAGAACAAGAUCUCUCCGUAUUAUCGAACGAAAUUGCGUGGCCUCUAUACAACAGCUAAGGCUGAUGCAGAAGCUGAAUGCAACAUUCUGCGCAAGGACUUGGACAAAAUUGCUGAGAUAAAGUCUCUUCUGGAAGAACGGCGAAUUGCUGCCAAGAUCGCUGGCCUCUACAAUGACUCUGAACCGCCACGUAAAACCAUGCGCCGUGGAGUGCUGAUGACUCUUCUCCAGCAGAGCGCCAUGACUCUUCCAUUGUGGAUUGGGAAGCCUGGAGAAAAGCCGCCUCCCCUUUGCGGUGCCAUCCCCGCCUCCAGUGAUUAUGUGGCCAAACCAGGAGAUAAAGUAGCAGCUCGUGUCAAGGCUGUUGAUGGGGAUGAGCAGUGGAUCUUGGCUGAGGCUGUGAGCUACAAUCAUGCAACCAACAAAUAUGAGGUGGAUGACAUUGAUGAAGAAGGAAAAGAGCGUCAUACCUUGAGCCGACGUCGCAUCAUCCCUCUACCUCAGUGGAAGGCCAAUCCUGAAACAGACCCCGAGGCCUUGUUCCAGAAGGACCAGUUGGUCCUGGCCUUGUACCCACAAACCACCUGCUUCUACCGAGCCCUUAUCCACGCUCCACCUCAGCGGCCCCAAGAUGACUACUCAGUCCUUUUUGAAGAUACCAGCUAUGCAGAUGGCUACUCUCCCCCCCUCAACGUAGCUCAGCGCUAUGUUGUGGCUUGCAAAGAAACAAAGAAGAAGUGACGUUGCCCUGCAGCUGCAGCUUGAUGAAGAACAAGGUCUAUCCCGGUGAACUUCUGCAGAGGGACAGUGAAUUAAGCAAGAAGCAACAGAAACCUAUUAGAGCAGCUGUUUAAUUUAUUAACCUAAGACAUGUGCACUCCAAUGCAACACAGGCAGUUAGCUUUGUGAGAAAUGAUUAUAUGAUUAUUACAAAGGUUAACUACUAUUGCAAGAGUCGUUAGUUGCUUUGGAAACAGCCAACUAAAAUUCUGUGAAUAAACAGGCAAUAUUGUCUGUUAUUUGUCGAUUUCUGUUAUUUGUAG